AUGAAUAUUAUUGCUCCUCAUCUUGCUGGCUGCAUCCGGGUCCGCGCACGGUGCAUGGGACACCUGUGGGUCUGCGGGCUCCAGCCCGUGGCGGCUUCCUACAUCUCGUCGCGCAUUGUGGGUGGCACAGAUGUCCAGGCUGGUGCCUGGGCCAGCAUCGUCAGCAUCUGGGAUACAGACACCGGAGCACGGCAAAUCAGCGCAGGGUCCCUCAUCAAACAGUGGGUCCUCACAGCUGCCCACUGCUUCCUCAAUGUCAGAAACACGAGCCUGUGGCGUGUGGGGCUUGGGGCCACCGUCUUGAAUCAGCAGGUGGAACUGCGCCAGGUUAAGCGGCUCCUGACUCACGAGUACUUUGAUCCUGUCACCAAGAGGAACGACAUUGCCUUGCUGGAAUUGGACCAGCCUGACACAUGCAGCGACUACAUCCAGCUUGCCUGCGUGCCUGAGACCACGCUGAGAGUGUCUGAGCUGCAAAACUGCUUCAUCGCUGGCUGGGGUCAAGCCACGGCAAGAAGGUCACUGAGCACAGAGCAGAGAGAGCCCCCGACCUGCUCCGGGCCAAACUUCUGCACGCUCUGGCGCCUGAGCAGAGUCUUGCUCUGCUGCCAAUCCAGCCCGGGCUGUGAGAGCCAAGGAGCCAGCCUUAGGUGCUCACAGGGGUCACCCAACACCACUUUCUUCUCUGCUCUGCUGCAGGGUGACGACGGGGGGCCUCUGGUCUGCCAGGAUAGCAGGGCUGACUUCUUCUGGCUUGUUGGCAUCACCAGCUGGGGAGAAGGCUGUGCCAGAGCAAAACAGCCUGGAAUCUAUAUCUCCACUCAGGACUUCUACAGCUGGAUCCUGGUUCAGAUGGACCUGAGCCCAACAGCUCCAGUUGCUACAACGGCACUGCCAAUCAGCACUUCCACCCCCAUGCAGAUGCUGACACCCACGGAAGAUGGCAGGUUUCACUCCUGUCCCUUUCCAAGUGAGAAGGUGAUAGCAUUCUUUAAUCUGCUGAAGGAGCUCUUGCAGGUCCUCAAGGGAAAACUACUUUGA